AUGGCCGUAUUUUCCAAACCGACUAGAGAACAAAUGACAAGCCCGGAUAAAAUGCAACGGGAUUUGAAUAUACCUUUUAAGAAAUUUGUUGCAUCUAUAGGUGGUCGUAUGGGAAUUUCUCCCAAUCCUGAAAUUUUUACACCUGACUUUGCUAUUUACCAAAACCUAUUAUUGGAAAUUAAAAAUCAUAUUAAUAAUACACCAAGAGUCUAUGAAAAUGAAAAAUUUAAGGAAGUUCGAAAAAGUUAUGACGAUCUCCAACUUAAAAAAGAUUUAGAAAAAGAAACGGCAAAGAAAAACUAUGAAGAAGACUUAAUCAAAGUAGGAAAACAGAAGGCUGAAGAACACUACAAUCAACGGAUCGCAGAGAUCACUCUAGACUAUGACGAUAGGGUUACAGAAAUUCUUGUUGUAUUUGCUGCUGCUGCUAUAAUAGGCAUUAUUGUUUUUGCAAAUCCAGCAGUCUGUAGACUUGCGAUCACUCUAUUAGCAAAUUCUUAA